AUGGAACAAGAGAAAGGGCAGCGUUUGCCUCUUCCUGCCUCCUCGACAAUAAGAAUCUGUCAGUAUCCGGUGGAUCGCUUGGACGAAGGUGUUCUGUUCGCUGUUUGGGUGCAAAUUGCGAUGGCUGGUAGAGAGGCAAAAAAGAAUAGGCCACUAAAAAACUGGAGAGAAUGA